CGGGCCUUUCGACUACUUGUCAUAAUCUUAAGUAACUUCAGUUUUUCUCAGCCACUAGCAGAUCAGAAGCUGGGAGCUGAGUCGUCCCUGGUGUUCUGGGGACCUGCCCUGGAAUUAACUCCAAGUGAGCAGUUUGGAAAUCCCAGCUGUGACCAGCCAAGCACAGAGCAGUGGAGUCCCCAUCAGUGCAGAAGGUCUCCCCAAAGUGCCCGUCAUGCCUUGGCAGCUCUCUGCGUCAAUGGUGAUCUUCCUGUCUCUGGCUGUAAUUUUGCAUGAUGGCCAUCAAAUACAAGCACAAGUAUCUUCAGAAACAAGAAGCUAUGUUCAACCCAAUCCAACAGCAACAGGGCAGACCACAUCCAAACCUCUCCAGCAGACAACUAGCCAUGUACUUCACAAAACUUCAGCAGCAAUAACAACGGAUGGUCACCUCACCUCUGAAACGGCUGGUGAAAAUUUCAGCUCUCAAGUCUUAACACACACAACCAUAAAAAUCCCAACUACCACACUUCCAGUAACUACAGGAAGCCUUCCAUCCACCAGCCCAAUUAUCUAUACAUUGGCUACAUCUAAUGAUUCACACACCAGUACUAUGAUUACUAAAGCUACCAUCAUUCCUGCUUCAACUACACAUUCACAGCAACCCAUCACCUCACCAGCCCCUACAACUGGAACAAGCCCAUCCACUAUCAGUUACACAGCUGGGCAAACACCCCUACCUGGCGGCCAGACCACCCUUUCAAAAACUUUGUUUACAGCACCGCCUCAAAGCACACCCUAUCAGAUGCCUACUUCACCUACCCAUGGUCCAGGAACACCGACACCCACACACAAUGCCACUCAAACAGCUGCCCCUUCCCCCACAGUUCCCAGACCCACCCUUGCCCCUCAGCCAUCAUUAGUCAAGACAGGAACUUACCAAGUUCUAAAUGGAAGCAAGCUCUGUAUAAAAGCAGAGAUGGGGAUAGUGCUGAUUGUUCACGAAAAGGAGUUGGUUUUUUCACCUCAGAAAUACUUCAACAUCGAUCCUAAUGUAACCCAAAUCUCUGGAAAAUGUGAGUCCCAAAAAUCGAAACUUGUCUUGAACUUCCCAGGCGGAUCUGUGAAUUUCACAUUUACUAAGGAAGAAAAUUCAUAUUACAUCAGUGAAGUGGGAGCCUAUUUGACCGUCUCAAAUCCAGAGGAAACGUACCAGGGGACGAAACGUGCUGUGAUUUUUGAAACUGCGGUGGGGCAUUCCUUCAAGUGUGUGAGUGAACAAAGCCUCCAGCUGUCAACCCAGCUGCAACUGAAGACAAUGAAUCUUCAACUUCAGGCCUUCGACUUUGAAGGAGAUGGCUUUGGAAAUGUGAACGAGUGCUCUUCUGACUACACAGUUGUGCUUCCUGUGAUUGGGGCCAUCCUGGUUGCCCUCUGCAUUGUGGGUCUGGGGGUCUAUAUAAUCCGCCUGAAGCGCCAAUUAUCCGGAUACCAGAGAAUCUAACUGGUGCCCAAGAAAUUAAACAAUAAAGUUGAGAAAAUUCGUUCAUG